UUUGAACUUCCAUUCUUGUGUAAACUUGCGGUGUUUCGGUCUUCAAAGAAAGUGUAAAUUUCUGAAUGGAAAUAUACUUAGAUUAAACCAAUUCUUAGACAAUUUUCAACAUCAUCACAUUCUAUUGAGGUCAUACACAACAUAUCGCCAACACAUGCCAUCACAAACAUGUCUAGUGAUAAUGAGACGUGUUCAUCUUCAUCCUCAUCAUCGAGCUAUGAAAGAAAGCACAAGUUGAAAAAGAAACAAAAGAAGAAAUCAAAAAAACAUAAGAAAGAAAAGAAAUCCAGCAAAGAAAAGAAAUUAAAAAAGGGGGCUGAGUCCACAAAAGAAAAAGAAUUUAUGAAGAUUCAGCCUAUUGCUCCUCCAAGACAUCUUGAUACAAGCACCACAACAUGUGAAGCUGACUCUUUUGGACCCGCCCUACCACCUCACUUGGCAAAUAAGACCGACAAUGAGAACCCCAUUGUUAUAGGACCGGUUCUUCCCAAAAAUAUAUGUCUGGACACUGACAAGAUAAUGUACACCAAUAAAUUAACACAGAACGAAUCAACAAAUGAAGAAGAACAAGAAGAAAUAUUAGAUGGAACUUAUGGGCCAAUUCCCGCAAACACUGACCAAGAAAUAUCGGCUGCACAAAUAGAGUUAGAGAAAAGAGCAUUGGAAUUGAAAAUGGCCGCUCUUGAUGGUCUUUUGCCUAGCAGCUCUAACGAUCAGACUGUACGCGAGGAAUGGAUGUUAGAAUUGCCCGAUGUGGGCAUGAAGGGGGGCUUAGCAGCACUUAAUAAUUUGAAAAGAGGUUUCUAUCAAGGAAAAGAACGUCCAGAUUUUAGUGAUAGGUCAUCUUGGACUAAAACACCGCAAUCUACUGAAAAUGAACGGACCAAGCCAACUACAUCCAAAGAAUCAUUAAAAGCUCACGCCCAAGCUCUGUAUGAUAAACAAAGAGACGAUGAACAGGAAAGAAUGGCGAAAAAAUAUAAAAAGAAACACAAACGUGAAGAAUCGCUGGUGGACAUACAUCAGAAGAAAUUGAGAAAAGAGGAAAAAAGAAAGGCCAAGGAAUUAAAAGAAAGUGGCUCCAAACCAGAAAGAAGACCUUUUAGCCGUGAUAUUGAUUUGAAACUAAAUAAAAUCGAUAAAAAUCAAACCAAACAAAUUGUGGAUAAGGCAAGGUUAUUGGAUACUAAAUUUUCUAGUGGACAUACAAAGUACCUAUAAAAUGUAAAAAAAAAACACAAAUUAUCUUUUCCGACUUAUAUUUGUAGCUAAUUAAAAUAAUAAAUAAUGUUUAUAAUAA